AUGGACCUGGAGCCCGGGACCAUGGACAGCGUCCGGUCCGGGCUCUUCGAUCAGAUCUUCCGGCCCGACAACUUCGUCUUUGGGCAGUCGGCCGCCGGGAAUAACUGGGCGAAAGGGCACUACACCGAGGGGGCUGAGCUCAUCGACUCCGUGCUUGACGUUGUCAGGAAGGAAGCUGAGAACUGCGACUGUCUCCAGGGAUUUCAAGUUUGCCACUCGUUGGGAGGUGGCACAGGAUCUGGCAUGGGAACACUGCUGAUAUCCAAGAUAAGAGAAGAAUACCCUGAUCGAAUGAUGCUGACUUUCUCUGUAUUCCCUUCACCCAAGGUCUCUGAUACUGUGGUGGAGCCCUACAAUGCAACCCUCUCUGUGCAUCAGCUUGUUGAGAAUGCCGAUGAGUGCAUGGUCCUCGACAAUGAGGCUCUUUGUGAUAUCUGUUUCCGAACUCUCAAGCUCACUACCCCUAGUUGUGGAUUGAUUAGUUUCGGCCGUGACAAUAACAUCCGGUGCGAGGACCUUGAUCGGAAUUCGUGCGCCUUCUCGGUGUCCUCCACCGGCAAGAGGUGCGUGCUCGAGAGCCGCCUCCUCCGGUCGGGGUCGGAGGAGUACACCUGUGGCACGUCCGAGAUCGUGGCCGACAUGUUCAACAACCACAUCGAGACCGACAAGUGUAUCCGAGCCUGUGGUGUCGACCGUUGGGCCCUUGGCAUCUCGUCUGACUCCCUCCUCGACCGCAGGUGCGUCGCCAGCCUCUGCUCCGACGAGUGCUUCCAGAACUGCCCCAACAUCGCCGACCUCUACUUCAACCUCGCUGCCGGUGAAGGGGUCUACCUCAUGAAAUUUUGCGAAGCGCAUCAAUCGGGAGAGCGUCGUGGGAUGAUGGAGGCCUUCAAGAGCUCCGCGAUUGGAUUGGAUGACCUAGCUGACGAAGCAGAGGCCCCGGCUCCUUUCCCGGACAACGAGUAG